AUGUUGGGCGUUAAUCGGAUAGCACAGCUACAGAUUAUCCUGUUCUGCCUGCUGACGCUAUGUCUUGCGAAAAAUGACGAAAACUAUGACAACUCGACUAACUACCGUCCUCGCAAUGUCACAGGCCUCGGCGACUUCUAUCAAUGGGUCGGAUCAUACUAUAACGCGACCGCAGAAGUCGAAUUGACACCCAUCUUUGGAGACGUCUGGAACGAGACGAUAUUCGGCCCCAACUACACCGACAAUCUGUGUUCCACGCUAAAGAACUCGACCCAAACCGCCAAAUACGACGCUAUUCUGAGUAUUCUGGAGAAAGGCAAAUGGAACGCUGGAAGCAACUCUGUUAUCUUCUGGCUGACGCUUAUACCGAAAUCCUCAGCCGGGUUUAACGUUUCCUCUCUCGGUGCUGAUUUUACGUAUUCAUCUCAACCUGGGGGACUUCAAUUUCCUUUGUAUUCAGUUCAUCCAAGCCCAGAUGGAUAUUGGCGGCCCCGUGAGGGAAAGGGUCCUGACAUCUUCAACUUCACCACCACCCAGACCAGUUCCGGAGCUUACAACAUCAGCGCUCUACUCCAACGCAACAUCCCAGAAUCAUACUCAUCAGCUCUAAAUCUCACCAUGCCAGUGUGCAACACCACUGAGCUAAGCGGUGACUAUAGAGUUGAUAUACAGGAGUUCCGAUCUUGGCAAGCAGAGGACUGGGAUGACUUUCGAUGGCCCGAAAUCAGCGUCAUGUUCGACGACAAGACAGCAAACUUGACUAUGGACGCUGUCUUUUCUGCGAGUCCAUAUGUAUGGCCAAACACGAGUAAUUGGCAGGGACCUACAACAAGCGACCCUGGUGCUCAUGGCUUUAUACAAAUUCGCGUUUCUGGGGUUAUUGAUGCGUAUCACUCGGAUUCUCUCAGUCUUAAGGAAAAGACUCCUACCUGGCUGCGAACAGUGGGUUUUGGGAAUGAUUCAUCUAAUAUUGGUUAUGAUAGCGGAGCUAUCAAGUUGUCAUCUAAGUAUACUAUCUCGAUCAUGGCUGUUGCUGUAGGUAUUGCGGUGCUUUUAUAG